AUGAACUAUGUUGAAUGGAACAAUGAAACCAUCAAGACUGCAGAGAAAGCAGCCAAGGAGGCUGAUCAGAUAGUCAUGAUUAAAACCAUUGAUUCAAGUCUCUGGUUUACUACCUGGUUCAGCAUCUUCUACUACCUGAAGAUCAUCAGUUUCACCCAUUUCUUCUUCCUCUGGCUAAGGCUGAGAAUCUCUGGGCUGGUGCUAUGUAGUCUGGAAUCUUUCUUCCCCUUCAUGAUAUUCUUGGUUUUAAUCAUCCUGCUAAUCAUCUCUCUUUGGAGAAACAUCAGGCACAUGCAAUACAAUAUAUCUAGCUUAAGCAACCCCAAUACUGAGGUCCGUGCUGGAGCUGUUAGAGCUCUGAUCUCCUUCCUUAUCUUCUAUGUGCUAUAUUUUGUGGCUAGUGUUGUCUCAAUGAUAAUGGUUGCUGUAGUCAAAACUCCAGGAUAUGGAUGA